AUGUUUCUUGCAGGUCCCUUGACCAAUGAACAGGUAAAGAGCCUGGAUGGCAAACCCUCUGAAGGAGCAGUGGAUACCUUUGACUGCAGUCAUCCCAUACCUCAAGGCUCUAGACAGUACUUUGAGUACCUCCAGAGCAGAGGGGUGACCCACUUCAAAGUGCCGCUGUCAUGGGCUCAUCUCCUACCUUCAGGCCUCUCGAGCCAGUCCAAGCAGGCUGUGGUUACCUGUUACCAGACCCUGCUGAAACAGCUGCUGGAGGUGGGCCUUCAGCCUCUGGUCAUCCUUCAUGGAUCCACGGUGCCAGACACUCUGAAAUUAAGGUAUGGAGGCUGGGAGAGCCAGGAGCUGGUAGAGAUGUUUAAGCAGUAUGCUGAGUUUGUGUUUGGAGAGUUUGGAGAGCUGGCAGACUCCUGGCUGACAUUGAGCAGCUUGGAUGAGCUGAGGGAUGCUGAGCUGCAAAACGCUGUUGAUGCACACAUCAGUGUCUACCACCGUUACCACCAGCUGUUUCCUAGCAGAGUGCUGAGCAAUGGAGACUACAGUGUUCUUGGACUUGACAUGGAAGACAUGUUGCAUCAAGCUGACACUCUCCCAAAAAGUGACAAUAACAGAAACAAUCUUCAAACAUCAUCAUGUUCUACGACCUACUGCAAAACUUGGAGUGAUGUUGCCUCUGUGACCUCAUCUGAGCGAGAUGCCUUCCUGGAGGAGUCCUUUCCUGUUGACUUCCAAUGGGCCACCUCCAGUGAGUCCUUCAAGGUUGAAGGAGGCUGGUUAGAAGGUGGGAAAGGACAGACCAUCUGGGACCAUUUUGGUCAUGAACACAAGGUUUUUGACAAUCAGACAGCUGAUGUAGCUUGUGACAGUUUCCACAAGGUGGAUUAUGAUGUCUACCUCCUGCGAGGUCUUAACGUCAGCACCUUCCAGUUUUCUAUCUCCUGGGCCCGUAUUUUCCCCUCAGGCCACUGGGGCAGCCACUUGGAGGAAGGUGCUCUCUACUAUGACAAGUUAAUCAAUGCCCUCAUUGAGUCUGGCAUACAACCUGUUGUCACUCUCUACCAUUGGGAUCUGCCCCAGGCACUCCAGGACUAUGGUGGAUGGAGGAAUGCUUCCAUUAUUGAAGCCUUCAUGGACUAUGCAGAUUUCUGCUUCUCCAGGUUUGGAGACAGGGUCAAGAUCUGGAACACAUUCAGUAGCCCAUGGGUGGUGAGCCAUGCUGGGUAUGGCACUGGUGAGCACCCACCUGGAGACAAAGACUAUGUGGACGCUGCCUAUCAGGUCACUCACAAUAUACUCAAGGCCCAUGCUGAAGCCUGGCAUCUCUAUAAUGAUAAGUACAGGAAGACACAAGGAGGGAAAGUUGGCAUUGCAUUAAACUCUGACUGGGCUGAGCCUAUGGACCCCUCCAGACCUGAAGACAUAGAAGCUGCAGAUCGCUACCUGCAGUUCAUGUUGGGCUGGUUUGCACAUCCCAUAUUUGUGGACGGAGACUAUCCUGCAACAUUAAAGACUCAGGUAGAAGAGAAAAUAAAUGAGUGCCCCCACUCUAAGCCUGCAAGACUCCCAGUUUUCACUCCUAAAGAGAGCCAGAGGAUACGUGGAACAGCUGACUUUUUCGGAUUAAACCACUAUACCUCCCGGUUGAUCAACAACAGUGAUGGUGGCUGCAUCCCUGGUCCUCAGGGGGUCGGUGACUUCCAGGCACACGUGGACCCUUCAUGGCCAUCGACAGCUUCUGACUGGAUCUAUUCUGCACCUUGGGGUCUGAGAAGGCUUCUAAACUACAUUUCUACAGAAUACCUGAAGGCUACCAAAGUGCCCAUCCAUAUAACUGGGAAUGGUAUGCCUACUGAGUACAGUGGGGAGACUCUCAAUGACACCAGUCGAAUAGAGUACAUGAAGAGUUACAUCAAUGAGGCCCUGAAAGCUAUACAUUUGGAUGGAGUAAAUGUGCAGCGGUUUACUGUCCAGUCACUCAUGGAUGGCUUUGAAGGCCCACAAGGAUACAGUGAACGUUUUGGAUUGCACUAUGUCAACUUUGACCUGCCUGACAGACCCAGGACUCCAAAGCAGUCUGCCUACUUUUACUCCAAAGUUAUUGAGAAAAAUGGUUUUGCCCCCAACAACCUGUUAUUUCAUGUACCAGAAGUGAAAAACACAGAGUCAAAUAAACUUUUAUCAAUCCCACCUUCUACAGUCCCAUCCCAAGCCAGGGUUGUUUGGAGGAAAUUCUCCAGCCAAUCCAAUUUUCAGAGAAAACUCUUCCACUACGGUACUUUCCCGCAAGGAUUCAGCUGGGGAGUAUCGUCUUCAGCUUACCAGAUUGAAGGUGGCUGGAAUGCUGAUGGGAAGGGGCCCAGUGUUUGGGACACAUUCACCCACAAACCUGGAAGUAUUCCUGCUAAUGCAAAUGGAGAUGUGGCCUGUGACAGCUAUCACAGACUUGAAGAGGACCUCUACAUGCUUCGAGCUCUGAGGGUGAAGUCAUACAGAUUCUCUUUGUCUUGGUCCAGGAUCUUUCCUGAUGGUCAUCGCACCUCCCUGAACUGGAAGGGUGUUAACUACUACAACCGACUCAUUGAUGGUCUCAUAGCAUAUAACAUCACUCCCAUGGUGACACUCUACCACUGGGAUCUCCCUCAAGCUUUACAAGACCUUGGUGGCUGGGACAAUGUAAACAUGACUGAAACUUUUAAUGACUUUUGUGACUUUUGCUUUGCCACCUUUGGAGACAGAGUGAAAUUUUGGAUGACCUUUAACCAGCCUCACACAAUUGCAUGGUCAGGAUAUGGACUUGGACAGAUCCCCCCAAAUGUUAAGAACCCAGGAACUGCACCAUACAGAGUUGCACACAACCUUAUAAAAGCACACGCUAAGGCUUACCACACAUAUGAUGAUAAAUAUCGCAAAUCCCAAGGUGGUCUGGUAUCCAUUGCUCUCAAUGCUGAUUGGGUUGAACCUAAAGAUGUUAAUGUUCCCCGUGAAGUGGUGGCUGCUGACCGUGCUCUGCAGUUCCAACUGGGUUGGUUUGCACACCCCAUUUUCAAGAAUGGUGACUAUCCUGAUGCAAUGAAGUGGCAAGUUGGAAACAAAAGUGAGCUCCAAGGUCUUUCAUGGUCAAGACUACCUUCCUUCACUGAAGAAGAAAAGAGCCACAUUAAGGGAACUGCUGACUUCUUCUGUGUAAAUCAUUACACUACAAAGAUAGUAAGCCAUGUUACAGCUCGGCUUAACCCUCAAUCUUAUAAAUAUGACCAGGACUUGUCAGAAGCAGAAGAAGGAGAUUCACCAACUACUGCCAUCAGUAACCAGAGAGCUGUUGCAUGGGGUUUGAGAAGACUUCUCAACUGGAUCAAAGAGGAGUAUGGAGAUCCAGAGAUUUACAUUACUGAGAAUGGAGUAGCUACAGACAUGAAGACCACAGUUGAUGACACGGACCGAGUAUUCUACCACAAAACCUAUGUUGAUGAGGCUUUAAAGGCUCAUAAUCUUGAUGGUGUGAAGGUGAAAGGAUACAUAGCCACAUCUCUCAUGGAUUCUUUUGAGUGGCUCAAUGGGUACAAAGUAGGAUUUGGGCUGCACCAUGUAGACUUCACUAACUCCAACCAACCAAGGUCACCCAAACGCUCUGCUCACUAUUAUUACCAAGUCAUGAAGGACAAUGGCUUCCCAUUACCAGAUGACGAGAAAAUACUUUAUGGACUCUUUCCCAAAACUUUUAACUGGAGUACUGCCAGUGCCUCAUACCAGAUUGAAGGGAGCUGGAGAGCUCAUGGAAAGGGAUUGAGUAUCUGGGACAAGUUUGCCCAUACUCCUUUGAAGACGAGCAACAGUGACAAUGCCGAUAUUGCUUGUGAUAGUUACAACAAGAUUGACGAGGACGUGGAGGUGCUGAAGAAGCUGAAGGUGACCCACUACCGCUUCUCUGUAUCCUGGCCCAGAGUGCUUCCUGAUGGCACCAACAACCACAUAAAUGAAGCUGGACUGGACUACUACCAUAGAUUACUGGAUGCUUUGGAAGCUGCUAACAUUCAGCCCCAGGUGACCCUGUACCACUGGGACCUCCCACUGGAACUACACAAAGUGGGGGGCUGGUUGAAUGAAACCAUUGUCCAAAGAUUCAGAGAUUAUGCCGAUGUGUUAUUCAGCCGACUUGGAAACAGAGUGAAGUUCUGGAUCACUCUAAAUGAACCCUACAUUGUGGCCAACCUUGGCUAUGGAUAUGGUACCUUUGCUCCAGGCAUUGUGGGUAAGCAGUAUAUUGCAGCUCACAACCUGAUCAAGGCCCAUGCUGAGGCCUGGCACCUCUACAAUGAAAAGUACCGAGCAACACAGGACGGCCUCAUCUCAAUUACCAUUAAUUCUGAUUGGGUGGAGCCAAGGAACCCUCACAAGCAAGAAGACGUGGAUGCAGCCCAGCGCUACCUGCAGUUCUUCAUUGGCUGGUUUGCCCAUCCGAUCUUCAACGGUGAUUAUCCUGAUUUAAUGAAAACAAUCAUUCGUAAAAGAAGCCUGGCUGCAGGUCUCCCCGAAUCACGGCUACCUGAGUUCACCCCUGAGGAAAUCAACAGGAUCAAAGGGACUCAUGAUUACUUUGGCUUCAAUCAUUACACAACAGUUCUUUCAUUCCCAGUUGAUUUGGGAAAGCAGCAGGAUUAUGAAGGUGACAGGGGCACUGGAACCACACAUGACCGCACCUGGAUUGAAUCUGGCUCCUUCUGGCUGAAGAUCACUCCUUUUGGAUUUAGGAAAAUCCUCAAGUUUAUUAAGGAUGAGUAUGGAAACCCACCCAUAUAUGUCACAGAGAAUGGGAUCUCAGAGCGAGGAGCAGUGAACUUGAAUGACAUCCACAGAUCGCACUACUAUGAGAACUACAUUAACCAGGCCCUGAAAGCCCUGGUUCUGGAUGGAGUUGAUCUGAGAGGAUAUACAGCCUGGUCACUGAUGGACAACUUUGAGUGGGCUGCUGGCUACUCUGAGCGAUUUGGACUUUUCUAUGUGAACCGCUCCGACCCCACUCUUCCUCGCAUCCCUAAAAACUCUGCUUCUCGCUACGCCACCAUCAUCACCUGCAAUGGUUUCCCAGACCCGGCCCUCGGGCCCCAUGAGUGUUUGAAGCCUGACCCUGAAGCUACAACUAUCCCCUCUGUGACCACUGCACACACAAUUGCCCCCACUCUGCCCCUGAACAUGGUGGACUUCCUGGGUCUGGAGCUUUCACCUCAUGAUGCUGAAGUUGCACUUUAUGUCAUCUUUGUAUUUCUUCUUGUAAGUGUACUUGGUAUUGUCUUUGUUGUGUACCGGCUCCUGAAAGCCAGAAGGAAGUUAAAGACAGCUGCCGAGUGA